AUGUCAUGGACCUGUCUCUUGGGGGUUUUGGAUUGGGUUAUGGGGAUACGAGAGUUAAUGGGACAGAUCCCUAUGGAGUGGUGCCUCAUUCCCACGGGAUGAAGGAGUGGUGGGUGCAGGUGGGGCUGCUGACUAUGCCCCUCCUCACCGUGUACCUUCACAUCCCCCCCGGGCUAUCCCCAGCUCUCCUCUCCUGGAGGUCCUCUGGAGGGUACUUCACAUACCGGGACCAGAACAUCUUCUAUAGAGCUGAUGCUGAGGUGCCCCAUUCCCUUCCCAGCUCUGACAUCAUUGUGCUCCUGCAUGGAUUCCUGACCUCCAGCUACAACUGGUACAAGGUGAGGGCAGCGAGGGCAUGUGGGUUGAAUGCUGACAGCAACCCCCAUGGCUUCUCCCUCCAUGGGGAUGAGGAGACAGCCUGGGCACUGUCUCCUUUUUCCCUUGUGCCCAAGAUCCUCAAGGAUGGGGGGCUGCUGUCCCCCAUCAUCACGUGCCUGAUGAACUUCUUUGUCUUCUCCAGAGGGCUCGGGGCAGUCUUUGGGCCCUACACGCAGCCUUCACAGGCAGAGUACUGGGAUAUGUGGAUGGCCGUGCAGACCAACAACGGGAAUGUCCUCGUUGAAAGGCACAGCCAUGGGAGUGGCCUGGAAGGUAACCAGAAUGCAGCCCAGUCCCUGGAUCCUGGCUCUCCAGAGCUUCCAGCUGCUUCUGUUGGGAUCUCGGAUUAUCCCCGCACCCCAAAAGAGCGUUGGGGUGUGAU